GUUCCCGGCGCCGGCUCCUUCGCCCCAGCCGUGCAGUGUUGUGAUCACGUGGCCGGCUCCGGGCGCGGCGCUUGUUUUGGUUUCUCUGCAGCUCGCCUCGGGCAGCUGCGGCCGAGCGACUUUCCUGCUUUGGUUGCGGCACGCACCUACCUCCGGGGCCCUUCUUCGGGCUCUCUCGUCCCGCAGUUCCUCGGGCCCCUCGGGGCUGGUUCCUGCCAUGCCGCUGGUCCGCUACAGGAAGGUGGUGAUCCUCGGGUACCGCUCAGUGGGGAAGACAUCUUUGGCACAUCAGUUUGUGGAAGGCGAGUUCUUGGAAGGCUACGAUCCUACAGUGGAGAACACUUACAGCAAGAUAGUGACUCUUGGCAAAGAUGAGUUUCACCUACACCUGGUGGACACGGCAGGGCAGGAUGAGUACAGCAUCCUGCCCUAUUCAUUCAUCAUUGGGGUCCAUGGUUAUGUGCUUGUGUAUUCUGUCACCUCUCUGCAUAGCUUCCAUGUCAUUGAGAGUCUGUACCAGAAGCUACACCAAGGCCAUGGGAAGACCCGGUUGCCAGUGGUGCUAGUGGGGAACAAGGCAGAUCUUUCUUCCGAAAGAGAGGUGCAGGCAGUCCAAGGGAAGAAACUAGCAGAGUCCUGGGGUGCAACAUUUAUGGAGUCAUCUGCUCGAGAGAAUCAGCUGACUCAAAACAUCUUCACCAGAGUUAUCCAGGAAAUUGCCCGUGUGGAGAAUUCCUAUGGGCAAGAGCGUCGAUGUCGUCUCAUGUGAGCUCUCAGGCGUGGGUUGACUGCCUCGAUUCUGCCCUUGGCACUAGCUGGCUCCAGUGGGGGCAGACCCUCAGGACUUCAUGGGUGUAGUUACCAGCAUGUUUGGCCUUAUGGGCACACAGUGCGGUACCCUCAUAUUUGCACACUUUCUCCAGGCUCCAGUGGCCUGGGCAUCAAUGUUUACAAAAGGGCAAGGGUGUCUCAUGGACACUGGUCCCUAUCCCUGUUUUUGCUAAAUGAAUUGUGUUAUAAUAUGCAGAAAGUACUUGAGUCCUGUGAUUGUUUAUCUAAGGUUCAUCCUCCUGUGUAGGUUUUAGGUGUUGGGUGGGUAAGGAGAGCUAGGAACUCCUGAAAUAGAGCUGGCUCCCUGGGCUGACAAUGUAUAUCUGCAAAUAAAAUGAGAAAUCUUUUGUUGUUGACUUCUCCA